AGUUUGAAGAAACUUAAAGAUGAUGAAUCUAUCAAUGGAAGAACUGCUCUUCCUCGUACAUAACUAUUAUGAUGUUAUCAUAGUUGCAGUGUUUUCUAUAACUAUAACACUUUGUUUGUCAAUAGCUUGGAGAAGGGUCACAAGGACUGAGAACAGUUACAUCCCUGGACGCCUGGGUUUGCCUUUUAUUGGCGAAACGUUUUCUUUUUUCUCAGCUACCAACAGCUCAAAAGGAUGUUACGACUUUGUCAGACUUAGACGACUAAGGCAUGGUAACUGGUUCAAGACAAGAUUGCUGGGCAAGAUUCAUGUGUUUGCUCCUAGUACAGAGGGGGCAAGAACUAUUUUUGCAAAUGAUUUUGUGAAAUUCAACAAGGGAUACGUGAAGUCAAUGGCGGAUGCUGUUGGAGAGAAGAGUUUGCUAUGUGUAACGCAUGAAAGCCACAAGAGAAUCAGGCGUCUACUAUCUGAUCCUUUCUCCAUGAAUUCUUUAUCCAAAUUUGUUAAGAAUUUCGACAAAAUGCUCUCUGAGAGAUUAAAGACAUUAGAAAAAUCCGGGAAAAGCUUUUCCGUACUUAAAUUUGGCAUGAAGAUAACCUUUGAUGCAAUGUGCAACAUGUUGAUGAGCGUGACCGAUGAGUCUUUGCUUCAACAAAUUGAAAAAGAUUGCACUGCAGUUUCCGAUGCCAUGCUAUCAUUUCCCAUCAUGAUCCCUGGCACCCGGUACUACAGGGGCCUAAAGGCACGAAAAAGGCUCAUGAAAACCUUUACAGAGAUGAUUGGCAGAAGACGGAAAGGAGUGGAGUGUCCUCAGGAUUUUCUACAGAAAAUGUUGGAGAGAGAAUCUUAUCCAUCAGAUGAAAAGUUGAGCGACCAAGAAAUCCUGGAUAACUUAUUAACAUUGAUAAUUGCUGGGCAGACCACCACUGCAGCUGCUAUGAUGUGGAGUGUCAAAUAUCUCGACGAUAACAGAGAAGUCCAGGACAGGCUAAGGGAAGAACAACUGUCAAUAAGCAAAAGCAAGUCAGAUGGAGCCUCCCUCACCAUUGAAGAUGUUAAUAGCAGCAUGUCAUACGGCUUGAAGGUUGUCAAAGAAACUCUAAGAAUGUCAAAUGUCUUGUUGUGGUUUCCUCGUGUUGCACUUAAUGACUGCACUAUUGAAGGUUUCAACAUAAGGAAGGGAUGGCAUGUUAACAUUGACGCAACUUGUAUACAUUAUGACCCAACUUUGUACAAGGACCCUAUGCAAUUCAACCCCUCAAGAUUUGAAGAAAUUCAGAAGCCCUACAGCUUUAUACCAUUUGGGUCAGGAGCUAGGACGUGCUUGGGAAUGAAUAUGGCCAAAGUAACAAUGUUGGUGUUUUUACAUCGGCUGACUAGUGGAUAUACGUGGACCGUUGAUGAUCCAGAUCUUCGUCUAGAGAAGAAGGCACAUAUACCUCGACUCAGGAGCGGCUGUCCCAUUACCUUAAAGCCCUGGAACAGUUAAACAAUAUAAAAUAAGAAGGGAUGGUUAAGAUCUCUGUGUAGUGCUGCUGUUGGCCGGGGACAUUUGUAAUGGCUUUUUUAACAACUGAAGAAAAGAAAAUCGAAAUGAAGAUACAAUCAGGUCCCCACUGUAGUAAUUCUAUCAUGGGUUCAGAUGUAUGCUUGAGAGUACUUAAUUUUGGAAUGACAAUGAAGAGAUUUGGUGUAAAUUGUUGAAAGUA